ACGAAUUAAGAUGGAAAAUUUUUGUAUCGGAGGAAUAUUUUCCGGGGAAAUCUCUACUCUUUCUGGAAAGAGUUUGUUCUUAGUUUAAUUGUUUUGGUGUGUAAUAUUUUAUCUGCCAAGUUAUAUAUAACUAGAAGUGUUGUAUGCUUGUGUUGUACUCGUACUUGGUUGCGGAUUGUGUGUGCACAUAAGUUGUUCGAUAAAAUGUCUAAGCCGUUUUUGUACAGAAGAAGAAGUUCCAUCUCAUUCGGUCUGAUUCAGUUCCGGAGAACGAGUAUGUGUGAAGAAAGUGAAAACUUGGUAUUGUUUCAGGUGAGACACAAGUCGGGUGGAGGAGGAGGAGGAGGAGGAGGAUGGAGACCAAAGAAGAAAGUGUAUCAUAGAGUUGACGAGCUUGAUAAAGCAAUAGACUUGAAGAAGAAACCAAAUCUGAUACUUCAACUGAAGUCCAUCAUUCAGGCACAGAAACAUGGAACCCUUCUUCUUAGGGAUCUUGAGAAGCAUGUUGGCUUUGUUCACAAGUGGAACUUAAUGGCCGCCAUUGAGAAGUACCCUUCCAUCUUUUAUGUUGGAGGUGGAAACAGAGAACCUCCUUUUGUUACGCUUACUGAGAAAGCUAAAAACAUUGCAACUGAGGAAGGUGAAGCUACAGAGUCAAUGGAACCUAUUCUGGUUAAGAAUCUUAGGAAGUUGUUGAUGAUGUCUGUUGAUUGUCGAGUUCCUUUGGAGAAGGUUGAGUUUAUUCAACCUGCAAUGGGUUUGCCUCAAGAUUUUAAGACUACAUUGAUCCCUAAGUACCCUGAAAUUUUCUCUUUGAAGGUUAUCAAUGGUAAAGUUCAUCUUGUUUUAGAGAAUUGGGAUUCUUCACUGGCGAUCACUGCACGAGAGGAUAGGUUACUCCGUGAAGGAGUCCUGGAGCCAAUUGGGGACAGAGGAAAGAAGGUCAGGAUCACAAAGGAUGGGAACCUCUUGGGGCGAAAUGCGUUUAAGGUUUCUUUUCCUCCUGGUUUUAGGCCUAACGCUAGUUAUUUAGAGGAAUUUGAAAAGUGGCAGAAAAUGGAAUUUCCAUCUCCGUAUCUUAAUGCGAGAAGAUUUGAUGCUGCAGAUCCUAAAGCUAGGAAACGUGUUGUAGCUGUGCUUCAUGAACUGAUCAGUUUAACAAUGGAGAAGAGAGUGACCUGCGCACAGUUGGAUGCAUUUCACUCUGAGUAUCUGCUUCCAUCAAGACUAAUACUUUGCUUGAUAAAGCAUCAAGGGAUCUUCAACAUUACUAACAAAGGAGCAAGGGGUACAGUAUUUCUCAAAGAAGCUUAUGCUGGUUCUAAUUUGAUCGAGAAAUGCCCGUUGAUGUUGUUCCAUGAUAGAUUUGUUGCACUCUGUGGUCGGAGAGAAGCCAAUCCUAUCUCAUGAGUUGCAGUCUUCAAUAUAACCUUAUACUAAAAGCCCGAGAUGUGUACCCCCAAAGGCAUAUUACCCAUUGAUUAUGUUCCAGCAAAUAAGAUUCAGUUUAUAGGGCCUAAACCUUAUAAGCAUUUUACUGUAUCACUUCUUCAGA